AUGAGAACACAUUCUACUACUUAUCUUGAUGGUAUUCAAUUACAUGAUCAAAUUCUUAUUUAUAUACCACGACUGAACAAAUUUACUUUCAGUAUAAACACAGGUGUUAUCAAUGAAAAUGUUGAAAAUGAUCUUCCAUCGAGCGAAGGUAUUCAACAUAGUCUUAUUGGAAAAGAAUAUAAACAAGUUGGUUCGUGGAUUCACCGUAGAUCGGAGGACAAUCAGCUCUUUUCAAGGUGGUAUAUGUUUGAUACAGUUCGAAAUUUAACAAUGGCUGAUAUGUAUCCUUUUGAACAUGAUUUAUUCAAACUUGUGUCUCAAAGUUUUCCUCUUCUCAAAGAGUUGCGCAUUAAUAAUUAUCAACCACAAAAAAAUAAGCAAAAUUCCUCGAUAAUAAUUACAUUUCAUCAUCGUAUUCUUGUGGAUGUCACUGAUGCUCAUGUGGAUUAUGCUAAACAAUUUAUUUACGAUAAAAACAUUCAUCUUCCUUGUUUGUUAGAUUUAUGCAUCAAAUACGAAUCACUUGCUGUGGCAACAAACAAUUUUACCAAUAGUACAAAACUUCACAAUUGUGAUAAAUUAAAAAGACUUCAUAUAGAUCUAUUUGUACGACCAAAAACUUUUCAUCAAUAUUUUCCUUGA